UCCAAUAACAGUGCAUAAACCGAAUUGCAGGCAGAGAUCAAUUGUAAGGAGGAAACAGAAAAACUUAAAGAAGGUUCGGUUCCAGAAGAGAAAAAGAUUGAAUAACAUUAACAGAAGAAUGAGGAAACUUAAAGAAGAGAUGGAAGUAGUCGCCAGGGAACAGAAAAGUGUCAAAAAAGGGCAGGAGGAAAUAAGAGAAAGACUAAAAACAGUUGGGGCUGAAUGCGAUCAGCUGAGGAAGGAAACAGAGAUCAUAUUGCAACAGAGAGCCGCAACCCUGCUCCGCCUCAAUCCUAUCAUUGAAGUUUUGAAGGCAAAGAAAGACAACAACGUCUCCAAAGUCACCAGCCUUAUUCUGUCUCUGCGUGAUCUUAUGACGAAGCAGAGCAAGCCACAGUAAUUAAGUUUCAGUUGGAUCCUAAGAAAAAUGGAAGAUAUAUAUAUAUAUAUAUAUUUUUUUUUUUUUGAGGUCAUUUGUAUGAAUUAUUAAUUAUAUUAUAAGUUGCAGUUGUACUUUAUAUGGAUUUGUGUUUACUUUAGUUAUUACGAUGGACCUGGUUGAACUAGCAAAUUAAGGUCUCAAACGGAGUACCAAUUGGCCUGCAUGGUCUCGCUAAAAAUCAACAUUUCUUUGCUUGUACUCCUAAUUACAUUCUGAUAACUAGGAAUGGGAUGGAAUACUUUUUAUACUCCUUUUAAUAAAAUUUAUAAUCUUCC